GUGAGCGCAGAAGCCGGAGAAGGAAUCGGAGCGAGAGAAACAGUGUGGCUGCAGUGAGGAAGGAGAGACACAUACAGAGAGAGGACAGAGAGACAGAGAGAACGGGCCUCACCUUUUUGCUAACCCAUGAAAGAAGCCAUGCCGGUCCUCUCAGCAGGCACAGGCCUGCACGAGACUCUGGCCCUUCUGACGUCCCAGCUGCGUCCUGAUGCCAACCACAAGGAGGACAUGGUCUUCCUCAAAGACGUCUUCAGUGAAAAGAGCCUGGGAUACCUCAUGAAGAUCCAUGAGAGGCUGAGACAGUACGAGCGCCAGAGUCCUACACCUGUCCUUCACAGUGCCGCCUCCUUGGCUGAGGAUGUGGCAGAGGAGCUGCAGUGUGGACCAAUGAGUGUUGAGGAGAAGGAACUCCUACAGCUGUUGACGUCCCCCCAUCUCAAGGCCGUUUUGUCAGUUCAUGACACGGUUGCCCAGAAGAACUUUGACCCCGUGUUGCCACCGCUGCCUGACGACUUCGAGGACGAGCUGGAGGAGGAGUCAGUGAAGAUUGUCAGACUGGUCAAGAACAAGGAACCACUGGGGGCCACCAUCAGACGGGAUGAGACCACAGGGUCUGUGAUCGUGGCACGCAUCAUGAGGGGCGGGGCUGCAGACCGGAGUGGACUGGUCCAUGUAGGAGACGAGCUGCGGGAGGUCAACGGCAUCUCCAUCAUUCACAAGAGACCUGAUGAGAUCAGUCAGCUUCUGUCCCAGUCUCAGGGCUCCAUCACCCUGAAGAUAAUCCCAGCCGUUAAGGAGGAGGACCGCCUGAAGGAGAGCAAGGUCUACAUGAGGGCCCUGUUUGACUACAUCCCUGCUGAUGACAAGGCCACGCCCUGUCAGGAGGCGGGACUUCCCUUCAAGCGAGGUGACAUCCUGCAGGUGGUAACUCAGGACGACCCCACCUGGUGGCAGGCCAAACGGGUGGGUGACAGCAACCUCCGGGCUGGACUCAUCCCCUCCAAACUCUUCCAGGAGAGGCGGCUGGCUUACCGGAUAAAAACAGGCACACUUCCGAACCCUAAAUCCCCUACAAAUCCUGCCUAUGACCAAGGAUGUGACAAAGAGGACUGUGAUUGUGAGGGCUAUUUCAAUGGACAGUACAUAGUCUCUCCAAAGUGUAAAGCAGUGGCGCCCUCCUGUGGCCAGGUGUUUUCCUGGGAAUUUUAUUCAGCGGGUCUGAGGAGGAGUUUCCGUCUGAGCCGAAAGGACCGGUCAGGAUCCCUCGGAGGAGGGGCCACCUCCGACCCCACCGACCCAGACUUUGCCACCUACGAGGAGGUGACUCGCUACCAGCACCGGCCCAACGAGAGACCCCGCCUGGUGGUUCUGAUCGGCUCCCUUGGAGCUCGUAUCAAUGAGCUGAAACAGAAGGUGAUCGCAGAGAACCCCCAUCGCUAUGCUGUGGCCGUACCGCAUACCACCAGGCCCAAGAAGCCUCAUGAGAAGGAGGGGGUGGAGUACCACUUUGUCACCAAACAGGCGUUUGACGCAGACGCUCUGAGCAACAAGUACAUAGAGCAUGGGGAGUACAAGGAGAACCAGUAUGGUACCAGCAUAGAGGCUAUACGCUCUGUACAGGCCAAGAACAAGAUGUGCCUAGUGGACGUGCAACCAGAGGCUCUGAAGACACUGCGGACAUCUGAGUUCAAGCCCUAUGUCAUCUUCGUCAAGCCGCGUGUCCCGGAGAGCAGACGCCGUCGUAGUGCUGCCACUUCACCAGCAGGGGGAGAUCAUGGGCGAGUGACGGAUGAGGACCUGCAGGAAAUGCGUCAGUCAGCCCAGCAGAUGGACCAACGGUAUGGCCACCUGGUCGACCGGGUCCUAAUCAAGGAGGACUCAGCCAGCGCCUGCACAGAACUCCGAGGCAUUCUGGAGCGGCUGGAGCGUGAGACCUUCUGGGUACCCCUAUGUUGGGUGCGGACCUAACCCCGCUCUCCCCAACCACCACCCUCCAGAGAGGGGGAUCACAGCCCCCCAGCCCUUUCUCCAGCAGGACCCCUACCCUACCCCCCAUCCCUUUUCUGAUCUCCUGGACCCCUUGGCCAGCCUGUAGGGUGUGGAAGAUACUGCCCCAAACCCUGGCCUGAUAUCGGGCCAGCAACACACUGGCACUAGGGGAGAAGGGCAUGCGACAAAACCCUUUGGAACGUUUCUGUGUUUGGGAUGUUCAAAGGGAAAGAUUGUUGUUCUGGCUAUAAAACAAAACACACACACACGCAAUCCAUUGUUCAAAUUCAUGUUUUUCAUAUAUUUAUUCAAGUUUUUUAUUUUGAUUAUUUAUGUCAGUCAGUCAGUCAGACAGUCAAACAUACAGACAUCUUUAUUGUGGAUCCAUGUGACAUGCCAUCUGUAGCUGCCUUUGGCCCGCAGUGUCUAGUACUUGAGUUUCCCAUUAAUAUAAUAAUACAGUAUAUCGCAAAAGUAAGUACACCCCUCAAAAGUGAGUACACCCCUCAAAAGUGAGUACACUCCUCAAAAGUGAGUACACUCCUCAAAAGUGAGUACACCCCUCAAAAGUGAGUACACCCCUCAAGUGAGUACACCCCUCAAAAGUGAGUACACCCCUCAAAAGUGAGUACACCCCUCAAAAGUGAGUACACCCCUCAAAAGUGAGUACACCCCUCAAAAGUGAGUACACCCCUCAAAAGUGAGUACACCCCUCAAAAGUGAGUACACCCCUCAAAAGUGAGUACACUCCUCAAAAGUGAGUACACUCCUCAAAAGUGAGUACACCCCUCAAAAGUGAGUACACUCCUCAAAAGUGAGUACACUCCUCAAAAGUGAGUACACUCCUCAAAAGUGAGUACACCGAUCAAAAGUGAGUAGACCCCUCAAAAGUGAGUACACUCCUCAAAAGUGAGUACACCCCUCAAAAGUGAGUACACCCCUCAAAAGUGAGUACACUCCUCAAAAGUGAGUACACUCCUCAAAAGUGAGUACACUCCUCAAAAGUGAGUAGACCCCUCAAAAGUGAGUACACUCCUCAAAAGUGAGUACACCCCUCAAAAGUGAGUACACCCCUAAGUGAAAAUGUCCAAAUUGGGCCCAAUUAGCCAUUUUCCCUCCCCGGUGUCAUGUGACUCGUUAGUGUUACAAGGUCUCAGGUGUGAAUGGGGAGCAGGUGUGUUAAAUUUGGUGUCAUCGCUCCCACACUCCCUCAUACUGACUGGUCACUGGAAGUUCAACAUGGCACCUCAUGGCAAAGAACUGUCUGAGGAUCUGAUUUUUUUUUUUUUUUUUUGCUCUACAUAAAGAUGGCCUGGGCUAUAAGAAGAUUGCCAAGACCCUGAAACUGAGCUGCAGCACGGUGGGCAAGACCAUACAGCAGUUUAACUGGACAGGUUCCACUCAGAACAGGCCUCGCCAUGGUCGACCAAAGAAGUUGAGUGCACAUGCUCAGCGUCAUAUCCAGAGGUUGUCUUUGGGAAAUAGACGUAUGAGUGCUGCCAGCAUUGCUGCAGAGUUUGAAGGGGUGGGGUUCAGCCUGUCAGUGCUCAGACCAUACGCCAUACACUGCAUCAAAUUGGUCUGCAUGGCUGUUGUCCCAGAAGGAAGCCUCUUCUAAAGAUGAUGCACAAGAAAGCCCGCAAACAGUUUGCUGAAGACAAGCAGACUAAGAACCAUGUCCUGUGGUCUGAUGAGACCAAUAUCAACUUAUUUGGUUCAGAUGGUGUCAAGCGUGUGUGGCAGCAACCAGGUAAGGAGUACAAAGACAAGUGUGUCUUGCCUACAGUCAACCAUGGUGGUGGGAGUGUCAUGGUCUGGGGCUGCAUGAGUGCUCCCGGCAGUGGGGAUCUACAGUUCAUUGAGGGAACCAUGAAUGCCAACAUGUACUGUGACAUACUGAAGCAGAGCAUGAUCCCCCUCCCUUCGGAGACUGAGCCGCAGGGCAGUAACACGUUAACGACCCCAAACACACCUCCAAGACGACCACUGCCUUGCUAAAGAAGCUGAGGGUAAAUGUGAUGGACUGGCCAAGCAUGUCUCCAGACCUAAACCCUAUUGAGCAUCUGUGGGGCAUCCUCAAACGGAAGGUGGAGGAGUGCAAGGUCUCUAACAUCCACCAGCUCCGUGAUGUCGUCAUGGAGGAGUGGAAGAGGACUCCAGUGGCAACCUGUGAAGCUCUGGUGAACUCCAUGCCCAAGAGGGUUAAGGCAGUGCUGGAAAAUGAUGGUGGCCACACACAAUAUUGACACUUUAGGCCCAAUUUGGACAUUUUCACUUAGGGGUGUACUCACUUUUGUUGCCAGCGGUUUAGACAUUAAUGGCUGUGUGUAGAGUUGAGGGAACAGCAAAUUUGCACUGUUAUACAAGCUGUACACUCACUACUUUACAGUGUAGCAAAGUGUCAUUUCUUCAUGAAAAGAUAUUCAAAUAUUUACAAAUAUGUGAGGGGUGUACUCGCUUCUGUGAUAUACUGUAUAUGCCAUUUAUCACACGCUUUUAUCCAAAGCGACUUAGUCAAAACACUCGUACAGGAGUCCUGCAGGGAAUCCUACACAAUUUCUUCACAAAGACAUGACUGUUUUGUAAGGUUUCCUCACCUAUUUCCGUGGCUCGUUGAUACAAUGCAUUCUGAGUGAGGCCUAGCCAUUGUUAUGUUGUUGAAAUGUUAUCCAAAAGUCAAUCCACCUGCUUCCAUUAUACCUGGAGAAUGAGUAGAAAUGCAUACACAGUACAAAAAGUAACCAACACACUCUGUCAAUAGCACAGUAGGAUAGAUGUAAUGAUACAAAAGUAAAUAUUAUUUUAUAAUGCUUUAUUUGAUCAAUUAUUUUAUUUGGACGCGUUUUAAGGACGCAUACGGCAACUUAAUUAUUUAAAUCGCAGAUGUAAAUAUUCUACAUGCAACUCCGUACCGUGCCAACGAACGAUCUCGUAGCACUUCAAUGCAACCUGUUGAACUUUGACCCUAAGUGUCUAAUCCUCAGUGUGAAUUACUUCAGUUCUGGGACUCUGGAUGUGUGGAUGUCAUGUACACACACAAGUGCACUAAAAUAUGCUAUGCUCUUUGUAUUGAUGACAUCAGUCACAUGUUUAUGACGCAGGUGCAGUGUGGGUAAUAGGGUUUUGAGGAGGCGGGUGUUCUAUGGUCCAUCUGGAUCAUCAGGGUCCUAAAUUGUUCUGUAUGAGUUAUCUACAGGCGAGGACACUGGGAGUAGUGGGAUAUGGACACCUCCAAGUGUGAUUGCGGGUUCAUUAUAAAUGCACAGAUGUGACGUGUUUCUUUGCCGUUAUCUUGGUGUUUACAGAGACAAUGUUAAAAGACAUUACAAGGUAAUACACAAGAAAAGGCAAUGACUCGCGCCAGUCAAAGUGUCGUUACUUGACUAAAGCAAUCAGAGCCGUUUGGCGAAAUACCACCUGUUCUCAGUCUGUAUAUUGGCUCUGUCGUUCUGGUGAUCUUUUACUAGUGGCAUCAAAGCUCUGCAUUCUCUCUCUCUUUGGGUGGAUGUGUGUAUGGACUUCAAGUCUUGUUUCGUGGUGGAGAACUGAUACACUAUCAACAGGAGCUUCCAGAUCCUCCUUUCUCAUCCUGUUCUCUUUUUAACAUACAGUGUGUUCUUGAUCCUUUUCCUGUGCUGUGUAAACCAAGAACUCCAGAAUGUUGACUUUGUAACGUGACGUGUAUAAAGUGCCAUUGUAAAACCAGA